ACAAGGAUGCAGAGCUUGCAGCCCGACCCCAAAGCCCAGUACAGGAGUGUGUAUGAAGCUCUGAAGAAGAUUGUCCUUACAGAGGGCUUCUGGAGGCCUCUCCGUGGGAUUAACGUCACCAUGCUGGGGGCUGGCCCUGCCCACGCCAUGUACUUUGCCUGCUAUGAGAAAAUGAAAAAGUCUCUGAGUGAUAUUAUCCAGCAUGGAGGAAACAGCCACUUGGCCAAUGGUGUCGCUGGGAGCGUGGCCACGCUGCUGCACGACGCGGUGAUGAAUCCUGCCGAAGUGGUGAAGCAGCGGAUGCAGAUGUUCAACUCCCCCUACAAGUCCGUCCUGGCGUGCGUGAGGACCGUGCAGAAGACAGAGGGGUUUGGUGCCUUCUACCGCAGCUACACCACCCAGCUGACCAUGAACGUGCCCUUCCAGGCCAUCCACUUCAUCACCUACGAGUUCAUGCAGGAGCAGCUCAACCCCCCCAGGGACUACAACCCUCGCCGGGGGGGGGCAGCGGGGCCCGCCGCCGCCACCACCCCCCUGGACGUCUGCAAGACCUUGCUCAACACCCAGGAGAACAUGGCCUUGAGCUCUGUCAACAUCAGCGGGCAUCUCUCGGGUAUGGUCAACGCCUUCAAGACUGUCUAUCAGCUUGGGGGGGUUUCGGGGUAUUUCAGGGGGGUCCAGGCACGUGUCAUCUACCAGAUGCCUUCGACGGCCAUCGCGUGGUCGGUCUACGAGUUCUUCAAGUACUUCCUCACAAAGCACAAGCUGGAGAAGAGGACAUCCUUGUGA